GUACCCGUACAUGAUGAAAGUGAGAGUGAAACAACAACGAAACUUACACAAACACAACCACUCUUCUAAAUUCUGUUUCAUUCAUUCAUAUUUCUAAUUUUAUAUUCAUUCUUUAUAGUACUCUUCUCUUGACCCAGUUUCACGCUAAAAACAAAAACAAUGAAACCAACGAAACCUCGUCGCAAUUCUCCAUCACCAUUUUCCUCCCUUUCCCACCUAAAUCAAACCAAACUCAAAAACCUUAAUAUUCUGUCUUUUUUGUGUUGUUUUAAUUUAAUGUUGUCUGAAUCUGUAUUCUGUCACUUGACAGAGGAUUUACUUAUCAGAGUUUUGGAUAAACUCGAUUCAGAUCGGAAAUCUUUUCGGUUAGUAUGCAAGGAAUUUCUCCGGGUCGAAUCAACCACCCGGAAAACCAUUCGGAUUCUCCGGAUUGAAUUCUUACUCAAUUUGCUUCAAAAGUAUCAAAACAUUGAAUCACUUGAUCUUUCAGUUUGUCCAUGGAUCGAGGAUGGAGCAGUAUCGACUUUACUGAACCAUUGGUCAUCGAGUUGGACACUGGGAAUCAAGAGAUUGAUACUGAGUCGAGUUACCGGGUUAGGGUACGUUGGGUUGGAGAUGUUGAUUAAGGCUUGUCCGUUGUUGGAAGCGGUUGAUGUUUCGCAUUGUUGGGGUUUUGGUGAUAGAGAGGCAGCUGCGUUAUCUUGCGGUGGGAAGUUGAAGGAGAUUAAUAUGGAUAAGUGUUUAGGAGUAACUGAUAUUGGAUUGGCCAAGAUUGCUGUUGGGUGUAGUAAGUUGGAGAAGUUGAGUUUGAAAUGGUGUUUGGAGAUUUCUGAUCUUGGUAUUGAUCUUCUUUCUAAGAAGUGCUUCGAUUUGAAUUUUCUUGAUGUUUCCUAUCUCAAGGUUACCAACGAAUCUUUACGAUCAAUAGCUUCUUUGUUAAAGCUUGAAGUUUUCAUUAUGGUGGGAUGCUAUUUAGUGGAUGAUGCGGGGUUGCAGUUUCUUGAAAAAGGAUGUCCACUACUCAAGGCAAUUGAUGUAUCAAGGUGUAACUGCGUUAGCCCAUCCGGCUUAUUAUCAGUAAUUAGUGGACAUGAGGGUCUUGAGCAGAUCAAUGCAGGACACUGUCUCUCAGAGCUUUCAGCACCUCUCACUAACGGCUUGAAGAAUUUAAAGCACUUGAGCGUAAUUAGAAUUGACGGUGUACGAGUUUCGGACUUUAUCCUCCAGAUCAUCGGCUCCAAUUGCAAAUCUUUAGUCGAACUUGGUUUAAGCAAAUGUAUUGGGGUGACCAACAUGGGGAUUAUGCAGGUAGUAGGUUGUUGCAAUUUGACGACACUUGAUUUGACUUGUUGUCGUUUUGUCACUGAUGCAGCCAUCUCUACUAUAGCAAACUCUUGUCCAAACCUUGCAUGUCUGAAGUUAGAGUCCUGUGAUAUGGUUACUGAGAUUGGUCUGUAUCAGAUUGGAUCAAGUUGCUUGAUGCUUGAAGAGCUUGACCUUACUGACUGUUCUGGCGUAAAUGACAUAGCACUGAAAUAUUUAUCAAGAUGUUCAAAACUUGUAAGAUUGAAGUUAGGAUUAUGCACAAACAUAUCAGACAUAGGAUUGGCGCACAUUGCUUGUAACUGCCCAAAAUUGACCGAACUUGACCUCUAUCGUUGUGUACGUAUAGGAGAUGAUGGGCUAGCAGCACUGACAACCGGAUGCAACAAGUUGGCCAUGCUCAACCUAGCAUAUUGCAAUAGGAUUACAGACGCAGGGUUGAAGUGUAUCAGCAAUCUCGGUGAACUCUCUGAUUUUGAGUUGCGUGGGCUUUCAAACAUCACGAGCAUUGGUAUAAAAGCAGUUGCAGUCAGUUGCAAGAGAUUGGCUAAUUUAGAUUUGAAGCAUUGCGAAAAACUUGAUGAUACGGGUUUUCGGGCACUUGCUUUUUAUUCACAAAACCUACUGCAGAUAAAUAUGAGCUACUGUAACGUGUCAGAUCAUGUGUUGUGGCUGCUUAUGAGUAACCUGAAGCGCCUCCAGGAUGCAAAACUUGUGUAUCUUGUUAAUGUCACCAUACAAGGAUUGGAGCUUGCCCUUAUAUCUUGUUGUGGUCGAAUUAAAAAGGUCAAACUGCAACGUUCUCUCGAAUUUUCAAUAUCCUCAGAAAUACUCGAAACAAUCCAUGAACGAGGGUGCAAGGUCAGAUGGGAUUAGCUAUGCUGUUUGUGAAUUAGGAAGUGAGAGGGUCACUUAGCUGUCAAUCAAGUUAGUUAAGUUAGUUGCAUAGUUAGAUGGGGUAUUAUUGUUUUCGAGCUCUAUAUAUAAAACCAACAAGAUUAAGUUGAAACUUGACAAAAUUGAAGGUUGUUACUGAUUAUGACUUAACAAACUUAGCUCACUUAUAUAUAGAGUCGAAAACAACAAUAAGUGACUCCUACUAACUUGGCAUUAAUGCAACUAACUUAAUUGAGAACUAUAAUUUGAUGUAUUAUACUUGCUUUUCAUUGAAGUGAUGUUGCUUCAUUGGUGAUUUAAGAUAUCUUCCAUUCAUAAUUUUAAUGUUUUUCCCCCUUGAAUUCUAGUAUAUCCUAUAAGAUGUAUACAGAUACUAAUACGAGACACUGAUUUUUUUAGAUUUCCCCUUGAAUUAUCUUUUUA